AUGAGUAAUUCUUCACCAUUUUGUUCAUUCCAUCCUGAUGAAAGAUACACAACUCGUAUCAAAAAUAUUUUAACCGAAUAUCCGGAUGGAUCUCAAAUUCUUAGGGAAAUUUUACAAAAUUCUGAUGACGCGAAAAGCACAGUACAAACUUUCAUUUUAGAUCAUAAUACUUAUCCUACCGAAAAGUUAUGUGAUUCAAGACUUGAUAGAUAUCAAGGUCCCGCGCUUUUGGCUAUUAAUGAUAGUAUUUUUCAACCUGAUGAUUUUAAAUCUCUGUUAAGUUUGGCCAAUAGCGAAAAAAGGAAUAAAUUUGAUAAAAUUGGAGUAAUGGGUAUCGGAUUUAAUUCAGUUUUUCAUAUUACUGAUGUCGCAUCCAUUAUUUCUGGAUCAUCUUACGUUCUUAUUGAUCCUCAUGCGCGUGGAUAUUGUAAUUUGCCACCCGGUCAACGAGGUUUCAAGGCAGAUUUUGUGGAGUAUGAUCUAGUUAAAAAUUACCCCGAUCAAUUCAAGCCAUUUUCAGUAGCUUUAAAUAAUACCCUCGAUGGAUUUUAUAAUGGAACAAUAUUUCGAUACUCCCUUAGAACGGAAACAGACGCUGCUGAAUCAGAAAUUUCCAAUAAAAUAUGCCAAAUUAAAAAAAUGGAAGAAUUAUUCAAGACAUUUUAUCAUGUUGAUAAUAUUACCUGUCUCAUGUUCUUAAAAUAUAUUGAAAAGAUAACGUUUUACGAGAUUAAAAAAGGACAUACAAUUCCUGAACUCUUGUAUAAAAUUGAUAUCACCAAUGCUAAAGAAAUAUCAAAUAAGAGAAAGUUAUUAGCAAAUAAUAUAAUGUCUAUGAUAACUUCUCCAUUAACAUCUGGAACUUUUGAAACUAUUUAUAAAAUGAAAUUUUGUCAAAGUUCCGCUCAAGGUAAUAAUAUUAGUGAAUGGCUAAUUAUCAAUUACAUUGCUGAUGUAAAUGAUGAAAAUUAUAUCAAAUUUAAAACUUAUAUUCGUGAUUGUAAGUUUGUGCCAAAUGUUGGGUUAGCUGCACGAAUCGAUGAUGUAUCAAAGAACUUAGGAAAGCUUUACUGCUUUUUACCUUUACCUGGAAAUAAGGAUGACUUUUCUGUUUCUAUUAAUGGAUGUUUCGCUGUUAGUAAAAAUAGAAGGCACUUGGAAGCUUCUAUGGAUGAUGAUCUGGUUAUUCCGAUAGCAUGGAAAAAACUUUUAUCACAAGCAGCAGAAAAUGUAUCAUUUGAACAAAUUUAUACACUUUGGCCAAUUCCUAAAGAUGGACUCUCUCAAAGAUUAGACGAAAACAGUUGUUUGUGGGCAAAUCUUUUACAAAAUGUUAUCAAUCAGAUUGAUCCUAAACUUUACGUUUUUCGUGGUCCAUCCAAAUAUUUAUCAAUAAAUGAUGGAUACUUAAUUGAUAAGAAAUUUGUCAAAUCAACAAUUCUAUCUGAAAUAUUGACUAAAUUGGAGUUUCCUAUUUUUGUGAAUACUCCAGAAUCUAUUGUUAGUAAAUUGGAACAAAAUGUCUCGAAACAUAAAAGAAUUUUGAAAUAUAUUACUCCAGAAAUUGUUUGUGAAUAUAUUCAUCUUAGUAUAAACAGGUUAAAUAAUCUUGAUCGUCAAGAAAAAUUAAUUUUAUUGGAAUAUGCUCUUGGAGUUAAUGACAUUUCUAAACUUCAUGGUCUUCCUCUACUUCCAAUUGGAAAUCAAACCUUUGCUACUUUUAAUUCACAUCAAAAUCGUAAUAAAUUUUAUAUAACUAGUCAAAAUGAACACACACUUCUUAAUGAUGAUCAUCUAGGAAUAAUUGUAGAUACAACAAUCGAAGAGAAACUUUUACAGACAUUGCAAAAUUAUGCAAAAAAUAAUGAGAAUAUCAAUAUUCGAAUUCUUUCAGAAGUCGAUUUUGCAGAAUUGCUUAAAAAAUCGGUGCUAUUACAUCAAAAAUCUUCCGAAAAUUCUCAAGAAAUGAUAAUGGAAAAGAAUAAAAUGCAAUGGAUUUACAAGAUUUGGGAUCAUUUACAACAAACUGAUAGAGACCUACAAAAUUUUUCGGAUAUUUAUCUUUUACCAAUUGACAAUAAUGACAAUAAUAUCGAUAAUGAUAAUAUUAUUUUGAGGAAACUAAGUACAUCACCAAAAUGUCUACGUCGUUUAUCAAGUAAAUCAACCUCAUUUCUUCGGGAUUUAAUUCCAACGUUAAUAUUAUUGGGUUCAACAUUCGUGGAUGUUGAAUUUGAAAAUAAAAUAGUUUCAAAAUAUGAAAGGCUUAGAAACUAUGUAAUUGAGAUUAAUAAUGUUACGGCCGUCUUCUCAUCUUUCAGGGAAAACUCUUCUUUCCCACUAAACAUCACUCAAUCUGUUUUUUCAGAUUCUCAGAAAAAAGGGUUAAUUAGUUAUAUUGGUGCUUAUUUGCGGCAUGAAUCUUCUUUUGAUCAGAAAAUAGUAGAUGUUAUCAAGUACAUUCCAAUAUUUAAUCAAAUAAAUAGUGAUAAAUCUAUAAGCAUUAAUUCAUUAGAAGUUUCUGGAAAGAAUUAUUAUUUACUUCCCAAACAAGAAGAAUUAUCAUGCGGGAUCAUUAUUUCACCUUUUGCAUUUUUGGAAGCUCACACAUCUGAUGAUAUUCGGUUUAUUCUUGAGAAAAUAAUUAAAGUUAAACGAUUAGAUCAAUUAGAAUAUUGGAAAGAUCAUGUCAUUUCAUAUUUAGAUUCUCAAUCUCCUGAUAUUAUGGAUCAAGUAAUUGUAAUGCUUUUUGAGAAAUGGAAAAUUAUUAAACCUUUUCUCAACGAUCUUUCCAAAAUAGCAUUUGUUAAAACUUCUUCAGAUCGGAAAAAGCCAAUCGAAGUUUUUGAUCCUGAUAUUGUUUAUAUCAAAAAUUUAUUCUUUACAAAUGAACCAUUCUUUCCUAUAAAAGAUUAUCCAACUCAAGAUUAUCUUUUUAAAUUACGUGAAUUGGGAAUGAAAAGAUCAAUGACUGGUACAGAUCUUAUUGAUCGAAUAGAAAAAUAUAAAUCAAGAUUAUGUGAAGAUGAGAUUGUUUUUGUUCACAAUAAAUCAUUUUUACUUUUAAAAUAUAUUGAUGAACAUUAUCAAGAUUUGAAAGAUGAUAUUUUAUUACGAGAAAAGCUUCAAACAGAAACAUGGAUUCCAACUUUAACCUCAGAAUCAGAUAAUAAACGUACCUUCUCAAAAGCUUCAGAUUGUCGAGAUAAUUUAUAUAAAGAUUUAAUUUCAUAUACAAUGCCAAUAGUUGAUUAUAUGAUCGUUAACGAUAAAUUACGUCAGUCUCUUGGAUGGGAUACUAUUCUACCCACAGAAAUUGUAAUAAAACAAUUAUUACAUUUGGUAAAUUUAAUGAAUCAACCAAGAAAGCAUUUGAUGAAUAAUCUUAGAAAUCGAAUAAAUGCAAAUUACAAACAUUUCAAUAAAAUAAUUAAUCAACCAGAUGGAGAAAUUCAUUUAGCAAUUUUAAAACAAAAUUUAGCAAAAGAACAGUGGAUUCUGAAUGAGUUAGAUGAUAGUAAUAUCUACACAAUCGAUGAAGUGGUAUUUUCUCUUCCUAAUUUUAUUCCGAGUGGUUAUUGGGUUCCGAUUUCUCGGUAUAAUAGAGUGAAUUAUUCGACACUCUUUGAGAAGCUUGGUGUUAAAAAAACACUUGAUAUCCAAGAUUUUAUUCGAAUACUUCAAAAUGUUAAUUUUUCAAGUCCUAGACAAAGAGUCAAUAUAAUAACUAUAAUUGAUGUAUUGUCAAAAAUUAAUGACGCAAUGAAAGAUUUUAAUAUUAUAGCCCAUUCAGAAAUUUCAAAAAAUUUAGCAAAAAGGUUAAAACUUAAAAAUUUAAGCGAAGUUUUGUUAAAAAAUUUGAAAUUUGAUUUUGGACAAAAUGAACAAGUGACUACAAGACUGAAAAAUAUUCUUAGG